CCCAUGGCCGGGACUGGCUGGGCAGCGGCAGCGGCCAAACGUGAGCCGGGCUCUGUCCCCUGUGCGCCCCAUCCCUGCCAAAGGGACACCCCCGAGCUCCGGAGGGGCGUGCGGCCAGCACAGCCGGGAGGUGACAGCUCGGGGAGGUGACAGCUCGGGGACAGGACAGCGGCCAGCUGGGGACUCCGCCCGGCGCGGCCGCUCCCCCAUCCCGCCGCUUUCCCGCUGCUUUUUCCUCCGUCCCGCCGCUCCAGGGGGAGCAGAGACGCUUUUCCACAGCCUGGCAACACAGUGCGUGUGGUAACCGAGGCUGAGCGGGGAUCCCGCGCUCGGCUCCGGCCGCUCCUUCCCCUCCCGGCUCUGCGGGGCUGGGAAAGCUGCGGGAAUGGCUGGAGGGAACGCUCGGCUCUGCAGGAGAAGUUGGUGCUUAGGAGUCUGAUUGCUGAUUUGCAAUGCUGCACACCCCAGGGGAGAGAAGCUGGGUGCUGACAACAAGGACACGGUCCCAGUGUCACCCUGGGCAUUGCCAGCCACAGAGGGGAUAUGUUUGCCUGGGACAGGUCUCAGAGCAGGAGGCUCUGAGCUGUGAACGAGCCAACACCUAAAAUGAGACACCUGUGGAGAGUUCCUCCUGCUGUGCAGUAAAUAGCAGGAAGCAAACCAUGGACACUCAGUUUUUCUCCCCAUUACUGGGAGCAGUCCCCAGUCCCCCCUCGGCUCCAGAGCCCUGUGACUGGCCAGGAUGUGCUGAGGAGUUUGGAUCCCAAACUGCCUUCCAGGAGUGCCCAAAAAAAAGGCCACCAAUAAAUCUUUCUUACUCUGGCAAUGGCCCUGAUGUGUUUGGGUUGGUGUCGAGCAUUUUAGAGGAGCCAAACAAGCCAGAACCAGCUACAGAUUGGAAUUCUCUGUCGAGGUUGUUUCCCCCUGUGUGGGCACCUGGGGAGCUCCCAGCUCAGCCCUGUGUGCAGAACAAAGAUUUCCCCAAUUUUCUGGGCACCAGCUGCCACCAGGACCCCCUGCAGGAGCCUCCUGAUGUGGAGAUGCUGCACAGAGGUUUGGGAGACCUUCAGCUGCUCGAGUCCUGGCUCUGUCCCAGCAAUGCUCCAAGCAACGCUCACCCUGAAAAUUCCUCUCUGCAGAGCAGCACCACGGCUCCCCAGGGAGGGUUUUCCUUCCCAAAUGGGAGCUGGAACCAGAAUUUGUGCACUUACGACCAUGGGAGGUUAAGUGAAAAGUGUGGCUCUGGUUUUAACCCUUUUACUCCUCGGAACAGGGUGAAAGAAAACCCCAGAGUGCAGAAGGAGCUCUGGAAAAGUGAAAGAGCAAGAGGAAGAGCUCUGAAAAAUUAUGCUCAAGGACAAACUAAGUAUUCUCCUGAUCUUUCCAGCCAACCUGGUGAUAUCUCUUGGGAUAAAAUACCCCAGGACAGCCACCUGUGUUGUAAAAGAUAUGAGAACUUCACAGCUGCUCACAAACUGGAGUCAUCUGCACAUCCAUCACUUCAUUUUUUCAAUCAACCCCCUAAGGAAAAUUUUUUUUCUGGAGGAGCAGGCAGAAAACCCCAGGAAUGCCAUGUGCAAAAUGGCCAUCGUGGCUUUGCUCUGGGGGAUGCUUUUAAUAAUAAUAAUAACAAUAAUGAGUGUAAAGUGAAUAUGGGCCCUAAGGAAAGCUCUCCUCAAGUAGCUGGAUAUGAUUUAUCUGUGAAAAAUGCUGUGCAAAAUGGGAAUUAUUCCUCAUACCAGGGCUGUGCCUGGCUGGAUGGGAAGAGCCUGGCAGCUGAAAUCCCAUAUGGGAAACAAAUGGCAGCGAGCCCCCAGUCCUCAUCUGGGGUUUCCACAAUGUCUGGGGGCUCUCCCACCCACCAGCCUUCCCCACUGCCCUCCUCCUCCUCCCAGCUCCUCCCUGCCAGGAAGGAUGGGAGGUUGCACACCUCUCAUGGAGUUUCCAGUCCUUUGGGGUUUCCUCAUUUUGUCUCAGAGAGCCACAGGCAGGUGAGAGCUGCUGGAAGGUGCCAGGAGAUGAGCAGGGACGCACGGCGCCGCAAAUUCCCCGCUCGUUCUCCGCCCCACUGGGCUGUCCAGCAGAGAGCUGCAGGUGGAAACCCUGCUGGGAAAUACCACAGGUUCCCAAAAAGGCAGAGCCAGGAGGGUGGCAGUAAGGAUGACAGAAGAGGUGGAAGGAGUUGGAUGCCUCAUUUGGGGUGCGCAGCCCCGAAGCGCCCGCCCGUCAGCGCGUUUCCCAAAAAGCAUGAGCAGAACGGUGGGACCUUGUCAGACUUCAUCAAUCCUUCUCUGCUUCCUCCCUUCCCAUUCAUGGCUGAUUUGAAACCAAAUCCCACCUUCCCUCCAUUUAAUCACCAGCUGUUUCCAUCAGUGAAUAAUUUGAAUUUCCCUCCGCCACCGUUUCCAUUCCCGGACCUUGCUGAAUUUUUGCACUGUGAUGACUUCAACCCUUCGAGUCCCUUCAUCAGUGACCUGUUCCCUGGGGAAAUCCCUGGCCCCUGCUUUGCCUUCCCAGCCCCAUUCCACAAAUGCAGAGCUGCCAGGAGCGAGCUGCACGUGCGCCUGGAGGAGUGCUACGAGCAGGGGAGAGCCCUGGAGAAGGAGAGGAAGGAGGCUGAGGCUGAGCUCUGCAGGCAGUUCCCAGGGCAGCAGGUGUGCAGCUGCAGCCCCAGCGCCGUGCCCCGGCUCCCUCCCAGCCCGUCGCGCGUGGAUCGCCUGAUCGCGGAGCAGCGCCGGCUGCGAGCCAGGGUGCUGGCGCUGGUGGCAGGGAUGGAGAGGCUUGGUGGUGCUCCCGUGCACAGGAACAUCUCCAGGAGCUUGCAGCUCCACCUGGAAGCCAUCCAGGCGACCCAGGCACGUCGGAAGGAGGAGAUUGGGAAUGCUGCAAACCCCCAGAGUCACGGGGUGCCACGUUACACCAACGAGAAAGAUGUGCUGGCCCUGGCAGCUGCCCUGGGAACCCUGGCUGGUGCCACGCGCAGGGCUCGCACCGCGCUCUGGUGCGCGCUGCAGCUGACGCUGCCAAAACCCCCUCCAGCUGUGCCCCAAAAUCACCAACUCCUUCAAGGCCCACUGCAGGAGCUUGGUUCUUCAAGCAGGAGCACCCAGGAAAAAAGCAGUGUGGAGCACGAGAGCAGAGGAAGUGGAAAAGCUGAGGAAGCGACGCGGAUUUUGGAAUAAUCGCGGAUUUUGGGAUAAUCGCGGAUAAGGAAAGGAGAGCUGAGGAUGGGGAGGGAAGGGCUCAAGUCCUGCCCAGCACUGUGAGAUGGAUUCCAGAGGAUGCCAGCGUGCAAAAAGGGUUAAUUAAGGUGCCUGGUUGGUGAUGGAAUUGUGGUGCUGUGGUUGUGGUGUGGACAGCACAGCUGGCGGUGGUGGCAGCGCAGUUUUAAUAUUGCUGCUGAAUUUCCGUGUUCAGAGGAGCUGAACAAGAGCUGAGCAUUUCCUCCUGUGCUUACCCACAGCUCUGAGUCCAGCCUGAGCAAACAGAGUGUGGGAGAAUUUAAUUCUCCUUUUUUUUUUUGGUUAAUGAGACAAUUUACCAUAUUUCAAUGUACUCAGUAACGGUUCAGGGUUUGUUUUAUUUUUAUUUUUUGCACAGUUGUUUUCAGAGCCAAAGUGAUCACUGGGUGUUUUGCACCCCAUCACCGUGCCAGCAGCUGCUAGUGGUGUUUUUGUGACAGGUUUUCUCUGUGUUUGACAGGAAUAAUCAGUGCUCAGUGCUGGUUGUGUGAGAGCCUUCAGCAGUUGUGCUGCCACUUCAGCUUCCAGCAAAACUGGUGUGAACUGAGCUUUUCCAUAGAAUUGUUUGGUUCCUCCGCUAAAAAAGUGGAUUUUGCAGCUUUGCAGUGUGAGCUGCAUGGAAGUGAGCAUUAGCAGGUGAUGGAAAACUUGCUCAGGAUUAGAAAUGAGAUUUAUUGAUUCCUCAGUGGGUUUAAAAGCAGUAACAAUAUAACAUAGAAUGCACUUAAUUAAAAAAAUCUAUUUGUUAUUAAUAUAUGUUCAUGGUACUAUAAUUUUUUUCAGGCACAUUCCAUAUUUAUUUUAAUGUCUUCAUUGAAUGUUUAUUUAAAAAUCUAUUUUAGUAAUACAAAGUUUAAUAUUUUGCCAAAUCUUCCCAAUAAUCUGAUUUAAUGAUUUACUCAGGAACUCUGUAUAUUAUUAUAUAAAUAUACACGUGGUGUAUAGGCAUUUUUUGGGAAAAGGAUGUUUGCAAAAAUAUUUACACAAAGCAAACUAUGUACUAGGUUACCAAAGCUGUUCCACUGAUUAUUUUUUUGUUUUUUUGGUGUGGAAGGUUGAAUAUAUUUAAUUGCUGUUAAUUAGUCUCCGUUGUGUGGCUUAGACAAUCAGUGUGGUUGUUCAGGGUGAAAACUAGUAAAGAAUAAUUAAUUCAAGGUGUGACCUUAGGGCAUUUAGAAAUAUUUUAAUGCUUUAACAACUGUCUUACUGUUACACAAUCUCCUAAAAUGUAUUAAUAAUUAAAGUUCUUGAGUAUCAGGAUAUUAAUGAACAGCUACAUGUACUAAUAAUUAAGAUUUUUGAGUGUUCAGGGUAUUAAUGAACAGCUUUGGAGAGCAGUUCUUGGGUUAAAAGUGAAUUAAGUUGGGGAUGCAAACAAAAAUUGAAGGACAGAAAUGAAGAUUUUUAUGUCAUGUGGUGUUCAGUGUGGAAUUUGACAUUUUUGUGGGUAAUUAUAGAACUGUUCCCAUAUAUAUUUGUACUUGCACAACUGUUCCAAACUCAGCUGUGUACUUCUGGAUUCGUGGAUGUUUCUAGAGCAGAUUUUGUCUCAGUAGUGCCAUCCUUAACUCUAUUGAGUGGAAAUUGUAGUUAAAAUUUACCCAGACCUCGUUGUAAUGCACUGAGUCAACUUUAACAGCAAAAAUAGAUAGAAAUCAGAUUUUAGUAUAGCAAAAUUACACUUUUUACCCUAAAGAAAGUGAAUUCCACUGAAAAGAUUAUUUUUAGCCUUAGCCUAAAAAACAGGAACCAGAAUUAUUUUAGUGUGAGUGUUUUCUCUGUGUGUACAUUCAAUUUAUUUGCACAAACUAAUUUAAGAAGGUUCAACCUGCAUUUGUCAAACUGCUUGUGCUCCACAUCUUAAAAAGUGGAGUUUGCAGUAUUUCAGUUCAUGGGUGAUUUGGGGGUUUAAUUACCCAAAUUAAAAUUAAUUUACCAUUGCUGUGCUGACAGGAAAUCAGAAUUUGAGGGUCUGGAUUUU